AUGGCUAACAACUGGAUUAGUCCAGUUGGUCAGGGUGUUGCCGUAAUUUUCCCUGAUGACGGGAAUGGGAGUAGAAUUUUGUUUACUACUCGGAGCCAUGCUGUUGCUUUGGAAGCUAAAAGCCUUACUUAUGCUUUUCGUCUGCUCUCCAAUGAAGAGAGCUAUGAAUUGCUCUCAAUGAAGCUCUUUAAUGGAGAUCCUUGUCAUAAGGAAUUGUCCAGUAUCUCAUGCCGUAUAGCCAGCUGUUGCAAAGGGCUGCCACUUGCAUUGGUUCUGAUAGCUGGUACUCCGAAAAGGACAAAGAGAAAAAAGGAUUCUUGGAAACAUGUUGCUAAGACGUUAUUCAGGUCAUUAAGCAUACAGGAACAAAUCCUGGAAAUUCUUGAAGUUAGCUACAAGCGCUUGCCAGAUCACUUGAAGCCAUGCUUCUGUUAUUUAGGAACUUUUCCAGAGGGCACAACAAUUUCAGUGUCAAAAUUGAUGCGGUUAUGGAAUUCCGAAGGAUUUGUGCAGCAGUCAAAUUGGGGCCGCAAGAACUUAAAGCAAGAGGCAGAGAGUUACCUGAAUGAGUUAAUUGAUAGAAGUCUUGUAAUGAUAGCCAGAAAAAGUUCCAAGGGAGGAGUCAAAGCAUGUCGCGUUCAUAAUGUGCUGCAUGAAUAUUGUACAGCAAAACUUGGGAAAAGACGAUCUGUGACACGAGAAGACAUUUCUCAUGGAAUUGCAAUUCUUUUGGGUAGUUUCCGACUGCAUGGUUUGAAUUUUUUGCACAUCUCUACGAACAUCUCUUCAUUGCUGUACUUUCAUAAACCUGAUGGAACUGAACUAGUGAGUUCAGGGUCUUUGCCUCCUCAUGCUAGAGGCUUUCACUCUGAAUGUGCGUUCAGAGAUUUUCUUUCUAAGGGCAGGCAUAAUCUCUCCGAACAGAUAGGAUUAGGGUAUAAAAAAGGGCUUGUGCAUGGCACCAGAACUAGCCAAAGCAGGCACUUAGAUUAUGGUUCAAUUCUCAAGUGCAAACACCUUAGUGUGUUAGACUUGGGAAAUGUUCGAGUCCAAAGUAGCGCCGACACAUCUGAUCUUGUCAAGAUAGCCAAGCUGGUUCACUUAAAAUACUUGGCUGUCCGGAUUCGUACAAAUAAUAUUCCCUCUGAUAUCGGCAACCUCCGAAACUUGGAAACUUUUCUUAUCAGUGGUGCAAUUGGUAACGUCAUGUUACCAGAGACUAUUUGGAAAUCGGCAAUGGAGAGGGAGCUUAUACUGGAUCAUUCUUUCUUCAGUUGCGAAUAUUACAGUCAAGAGUUUCUUGAAAACUGUUCUGACCUGAAUAAUUUGAAAUCCAUUUCCACCAUUUCUAUGCAACAUGCAAGUGUUGAGAAAUUCCUGAGGAGGCUACCCAACAUCGAGAAAUUAGGAUGCAUAUUUUCAAGUACAUGGAAGGAUUACUUUCAAGCUUGCAAAAUCCAUUUCGGAUAUUAG